AUCAAGGGCACCUUAAGUCAUUAGCUUGUUUGGAGCCACAUCGGUCGCAUCACAGCCUUUUCCAUUGACAUUGUUUGAUCUUAAAUCUGCAACGAGCCACGAUGCAGUUGAAGAUUAUCCUCGCACUGGUGAUGGUUGUACUCCCGAUGCCCUCACUCGGGGGGUAUUGUUACACAUACGUCAGGACGUCCUACAGUGCAAAGCACUAUAGCAGCUGCGGUUGGUGGGGCUGGAGUAGAUGUUCCAGGUACCGUACACUAUACAGAUCAACAUCGGUUCCCAAGUGUUGCAAUGGUUAUCAUGGCACGAAUUGUUAUUACUUGAAACCAGGGUUCUGUAACAAUCCUUCUAGUUCCAAUGCCAAAUGUUGUACGGGAUACUCUGGCUAUUACUGCUCAGAUAUCAACGAAUGUUCGUCAUCAAAUGGCGGAUGUAGUCAAAUAUGUACAAACACAGUUGGUUCUUACAAGUGUACUUGUCGUUCCGGAUACAGGACUUCUGGCAAAAACUGUAUAGAUAUAAACGAAUGUUCUUCGUCCAACGGUGGAUGUAGCCAAAUAUGUACAAACACGCUUGGUUCAUACUCGUGCAGUUGUCAUUCUGGAUACCAGGCUUCUGGCAAAAGUUGCACAGAUAUCAACGAAUGUUCUUCGUCAAACGGCGGAUGUAGCCAAAUAUGCACAAACACAGUUGGCUCUUACAAGUGCAGCUGCAAUCCUGGAUAUCAGGCUUCCGGCAAAAGCUGCACAGAUAUUGAUGAGUGUUCCACAAACAACGGUGGCUGCCAUCACACCUGCACCAAUACAGCAGGCUCAUACAAAUGUUCCUGUGAGUCCGGUCACGAGAUACAUGAUGAUCGCCAUACAUGCACAGAUAUUGAUGAAUGUCAGCUGAACAACGGGGGUUGUAUGCACUCAUGUAGCAACACUGGAGGAUCUUACAGCUGCAGUUGCAAGACUGGUUACAAUUUAAAUGGCGACAAACACAGCUGCAAAGAUAUUGAUGAAUGUGCUUCAAACAACGGCGGGUGUGAUCACACGUGUUCAAACACGGAAGGUUCAUAUGAAUGUAGCUGUAAC